AAAUUCCCUUGGCAGAGAAGCGACACCUACUAAAGUGGGACAGUGACAUCGCAUACCGGAAAGGAUCAACGAAAAUCUGGGUACCCAAUUACCCUCCUUUGCGCCAGUUACUACUCGAAGAAUACCACGACGUUCUAUACACUGGACACUUCGGUAGCAACAAGACGCUGACCGGUAUCGCGAAGCACUACUACUGGCCCCACUUGGCGGAAGAUGUUCAGAAAUUCGUCACCUCGUGUGAUACAUGUCAGCGGAUGAAGAGCAGCAAGCAGAAGAAGGCAAGUCUAUUACAGCCUCUUCCUGUGACAGACCAACCAUGGCAAGUGGUUAGCCUGGAUUUCAUCACCGGGUUACCACCUACCACCAGCGGUCAUGACGCAAUCCUUGUCGUCAUCGACCAAUUCUCCAAAAUGGGACACUUCAUCCCGACACACACGACAGCACGCACCGAGGAGACAGCACAACUCUUCGUUCGCUACAUCAUCUCACAGCAUGGCAUUCCAACCACACUCAUCUCCGACCGAGACCCCAAGUUCACCAGCAAAUUUUGGAAGGAACUAAUAAUGUCUCUUCUCGGGACCAAACUCGCCAUGUCAUCCGCCUACCAUCCGCAGACAGACGAACAGACCGAGCGCCUCAACCAAAUUGUUGAGCAAAUCCUCCAACCAGCUUGCAAGGAUGAGAUCUCCAAAUGGGUCUUGCACCUGCCCAUUCUAGAGUUUGCUUACAACAACGCUACAUAUGCCGCUACUGGACAGUCGCCGUUCUUCCUCUGCUACGGACGCCACCCACUCACACCACAAAAACCGACAACCUCAGCAACUGUCCAACCUGCACACGAUUUCAUCACGACCAUGCACCAGCUUUGGGAUUGGACCCACAAGCGCCUCCUCGAUAUUAAGCAGCAACAGAAGCGCCAGGCCGAUCGCCAUCGCAACGACCACACCAUCAUCGUGGGAGACCAGAUGCCUACCACCGCCGCCGCCGCCCGUCCUCGUCCAGAAUGAACCGGAGUACGAGGUCGAGUCCGUGCUU